AUGAGUGUAUCCACGGUAUACGAUGACGUGAAAGCCAGCGUUUUUGAGGAGGAGGCGGAGGAGAAACCGGAAGAGGCGCCUCUUUCGACAGAAGCAGGGUGGGAGAAUGGGUCCGAGGAGGUCGAAAUUACUGGCGAAGGGGAUGCCGAUGACGCCGAGUCGAAUGCUCUUCGAAACACUGAGGCGCGUGACCGACCUCCCGCGAAAGGUGAAGCCCGCAGGAAGAAGCGCCGACAGAAAGGAUGCAGUCGUGAGGAGACAUUGCUGGCGCUGCGGCGUCAAAUAGAGUACUAUUUCAGUGAUGGAAAUCUGGCAGUUGACACAUUCUUUCACAAGCAUAUGUCUGAACACCCAGAAGGUUGGAUCGAUGCUGCACUGGUGCUAAACUGCAACCGUGUGAAGAAACUAGAAGUCUCGGACGAAGCAGAUAUUGAAGCAGCGCUGGUGGAGUCAGAGCUGGAGACGCGGUGGUUGCAUGGAGCGGAUGGGCAGACGUUGCAACUGCGUCGGGAGAACGGUCGGAAAUUGCCAGACCUGCGUGCUGCAGGCUGGCUUGCCACAAAAAUCGAACAGCGCCGACAGUGCGCUGAGGCUCAGUCACCGGCUUUUGGGGACGCGGACAAGGUGACUCAAGCUCAAGCUCCCAAAGUCGGAGAUUCUGUGCGGCUUGUCACCGGGGAGAGCGCUGGACAGAGCGGACAAAUUUUAUCCGUUGACGAGGGCGAGUUCACUGUCUUGGUCGGUGGCAUGGAUGUUUUGGUGGUCUCGUCGAGUGAGCUAGAGGUGCAUGCGCCUGCAUGA